CAAAGACUUCCCCACUCUCUCCCUGACAUUGGAGUCCGAGAGUGAAGCGCACAGCUGCAAUAACUUUAACCACUUUUCCCUUUUACCAUUUCUCUUUCUCUUCUAACUGUUUCGAAUGGUUAGGUGAUCUCACGAAGCUCAGCCAUGUUAGAUUCAGCCUGUUGUCGGUCGCCUUAUGUUGCUAGCGUGAGGUAAAAAAAAAAAAAAAAAAACAGCUCCUGGAGAUAUGGAAAAGUGGGACUGUGAGGAGCGCUGUUAGCCUUGUGCCAUGGGGGGUUGCCAUAGCUACCCCUCGGAAGCGGACGACACCACUCUUCAACCGUCUGACAUCAAAACACUGGGCAUUAACAACAAUAACCUGGACGAGCGUCCGUAUCUCCAGCCGCAGUACGUGUGCCAGAGGAUCACCACCACAGACAUGCACACCCUCACCACACUUCCCCCUGGAGUCGACAAAUCAGAGUGGCUUGCCAGCAACACUGUGGCAUUUUUCAAGCACAUAAACCUGUUCUCCAGCGCACUGUCAGAGUUCUGCACCCCCAGCACCUGCCCCACAGCCUGUGGACCAGGAAACACGGUGUACACGUGGACCGAUGAACAGGGCAGGAAGCUGAAAUGCUCUGCUCCUCUGUACUUCGACUAUGCCAUGUCUUACAUCCAAGACCUGCUGACGGAUGAGGAGGUCUUUCCCACAAAAGCAGGCUCGGCAUUCCCAAAUGGCUUCAUCUUCCUGGUGCAGAAGGUUUUCCUGCUGCUGUUCCGGACACUGGCACACAUUUACUGGAGCCACUACAGGGAGACUCUGGUCCUGGGCCUGCAGCCUCACCUCAACACGCUCUUCACCCACCUGAGUGUGUUCAGCCUGCAGCACGGCUUGUUGGAUCCUGAGGACACACAGCCUAUGCAGGACCUGAUCUCCGCUCUGGGGCUGGGGCAGGGGCAGCAGACAAGUGGCAGUUAGGCUCUGAUCCACUCUUGCAUGUUCUCAUAAGACUAAACAUGGAGCCUGUGCAGAAGUGAGAGGACCUGUUACAAUGUUUGUGUAAAUACUGCAUGUGGCACAAAGAUGCAUUUCUUGUAUGACAAAGGUCAAGAGACAGCCAUGGUCAUUUCAGACCGCCCCAUGCUUUCAUGUUACGACGCGUGAAUAAACAGCACAAAAAUGGACAUAUGUUAUAUUUAAGAUAUGUUUAAUUUGCUUUAGUUAUAUUUUGUUUGUAAUGUUUUUAAAAUAAAAAGUGUGCCUAUG